GACAUCGAUGGUGUUGGGCAUAAGUACCACCUGGAAUUGGUGUUAGAAGAUGUCCUUGACAAAGACAGUACUGUUAACUGCACUGCUGAGAUUCUUUAUCAUCUGGGCAACAAAAACAUUGCUCCAGAUGUGCAAUUCACAAUAGAAGGAGAACUAAAGAACACAGAUGAAGCAGAUAACAUAUUCUACAAUCGAAUCAAGAGCCUGGAAAAAGAGCUUGUGGCAGAAAACAUACCAGACAACCAUGGCAACAUAUCCCCAGAAAUGGAGCCUGUCCGUCUGCUAGCAUGGGUUGCCUCUGGCUAUGUGAUAUGGCAGAACUCGACUGAAAACACUAAGUUCCAACUUGCCCAAAUUAAACAUGUGAAGCAAGUGAAAAGAAGUGAUGAGUAUCUUGAAUUUGACUUCAUGAUUCUACUUCAUGAAAUGGUAUCCCAGGAGAUCAUUCCCUGGCAAAUGACAGUUCUCUGGCACCCACAACAUGGUGUUCAAGUGACACGGGAGAGCUGUCAGCCAAAACAUGCAUCGGAAUAA